GCAAUCCAUUUUCCAAUCGAGUGUACAGAUUUCUUAAAUCCAUAUACAUAUAUAUUUCUUUUUUCUAUUUCUUACGCAAGAAGGUAAGAUGUUGCCCAAUUUGAAGUCGCGCCGCAUCACGGGCCUCCAGCUGGCCGGGAAGCAUCUCGGCCCGGUGGCCAAAUGUCCGCCCCGCUACUCCGAGGAGGACUGGGACUAUAAUAACAAGAUCAAGUUUCGCAUCACAUGUGACCAGGAGAAGUUGGCUGAACGCAUUGUGGAGGAAUCGCGACGAGUGGUGGACGAAACGAAGGACACCACCAAGAACUGGCAGCGGGAAGUGGAGCAUCAUAUGCGCGAGCGCACCAGCGAGAUCCGCUUUCUGGUCGACGAGUUGAAUCGCCAAAAGAAGACAGCCGCUCUGGAGGAUGAGGCACUGAACACCUAUCGCAAUCGGGUGCUUAACUGUAUCGAGUUCCUUAAGGACAAGUCCCUGGCCAUAUGUAAGCAGUGCCUAAUCCUGCGAGAGGGCCGCAUUGGUGUGGAUCUUUGCGACGACGAGGUGGAUAGGUCUCUGCGCCGGGAGCUAAAGGUGAUCAAGGGAUGUCAGGGAUUGGCAGAUGCGGCUCUCAAGGAGGCCGAGGAGCAGAUUCGAAAGCUUCGUGCUGCCAUCUAUCUCCUGGAUCAGGAUUUGGCUGCCAAGGACAAAUCGCUGGCCAUCGAUGAGAAGAAUCUGAAGCUGAAGGAUUUCCAGCACGACUUGGGCAAGGGCCAGGAUCUCUCCAAGCAGCACUGCCAAUUCUCUCUGACUGAGUGGCAGGCGCAGACGUACGAGAAUCUGGAGGCAAAUGCCAAGGCUCUGGUAUCCGCCGGGCAGCUCCGAGCCUACAUCGACCUGCUCCUGAAGCAGGUGUGCGAGGAUAUGCAGAAUCAGACGGAUCGAACCAACGAGUCCUUUGAACGGCGCAUCGCCGAGACGAAGCACGUGAAGCAGUGCCUGGAGAACAAACACAAGGACACCAUGGACCACAUCCACCAGGUGCAGCGCAACAUGACGGAGCUGGAGAAGGAGAUGAUGGACAAGCAGAGGGCAAUCACCCUCUGCCAGACUCGGCUCAGCAACCGCGCCCACCGUCCCGGAUUGGAGCUAACCUGCGAUAUGGUUCAGGAUGCGCUGUACAACGAGCUGCAGGCUCUGAAGGCCUCGGUCUGCAAAUUGAACCAGAAGCUGAACGAGAACAAGGCCUCCAUGCGCUACCUGAUGCACGUCCAGGUGAUGCAGGAGGAGGAGAUUAACAUUAAGGCAAAUACCUGCAAAAUCGAUGAAGUCGACUGCAUGACACUGCGUCAGGCCCUCAAAUAUCAGACUUUCUAGGCCAGCAGAUCGGCUCCACCAGUACCAGUACCAUUUCCAGUACCAGUCCCAGAUUCGCACCAGUAGUUGCAGUCACACUCGCGUCCUGCACGCAGUCAGCCACAAUUAAUCAAAUUAGAUGCAGCAUGUAUGUGCAUUUCGUGUUCGAUCCCAAAUUACUUAAUAAAUUGAAAUUCACUUUCGAUUUCCAGUUACCAA